AUGAGUGAUGAUGAUUUUUUUCAUAUCAAAAGUGAUUGUUCUUUACAAUAUAUUAAAUGCAAGACUAGUACAAAAAUUGAUGAUAUAUUAAAAAGAAGAAGGAAUCAAAAAAAAAAGCUUAAGGAUAGUAGUAAUUAUAAAAGUGAUGAAUUCUUAAGCUUAGACAACAGUGAAAUUGAGGACCAAUAUAUUUCAAAUGAUAACAAGAAAGUAUAUAAUGAGGAUGAUAAAAUAUAUUACAAUAAUAAUAAAGUUAAUAUAAGAGAAGGACAAACGUGUGAAAGUAUACAUAUGUUUAAUGGAAUCAAUAAAAAUAACAUCGACAUUAUAAAUGAUGAUAAUAUAAAAAAGGAUAAUAUAAAUAAUGACAAUAUAAAUAAUGACAAUAUAAAUAAUGACAAUAUAAAUAAUGACAAUAUAAAUAAUAAUAAUUAUUAUAAACAAAUAUAUAAUUAUAAUAAAUCAGGAAACUUUAAUAAUUUUUCUAGAGGAUAUUUCUCGAACACUUAUGAAAAAGGUAAUACAUAUUUAUUAAAAAAUUCUUCUGAAGAAAUGUUAUAUAAUAAAGAUCAUAUAAGAAAAAGGUCGUUAAAUAAUUUAUGCUUUCAAUCAAAUUUAUUAAACAGAAGAAGUAAUAUAAAUACCUUUAAUGAUUUAUCAUCUUUUGAAAAUAGUAAGAAAUCUUCCUUAUAUGCGAAGUGUUCUGAUAUUUUACAAAAAUAUGAUUCAAAUAAAUUUAAUAGAAAAACGAAUGAAGAUAUUUAUACAAGACAAAAUAGAAGUAGUAUAAUAUAUCAAAAUAGUAGCAAAGAAUUUACCCUUAAUAAGUUAAUAAGUAAUAAUGAUAGUAAAGAUGAAUUAUUUAGUAAUUUAAAUAGAAUAUAUUCUAAUGAUAUCGAUUUAAAUAAAACUCCUUCCAAAAGUUUAUCUAAAGGGUAUAUCGAAUAUUUGAAAUAUGAAACAGCUGGGAAAAUGAAUUUGAGUGAAUUAGAAACUCCUCUAAAUAUGAAAGAAGAUGAGGGAAAUAAUACUCCGUUUAUAACAUACUUUUUAGCUGGAAAAACAGAAAGUAAAACAAUCAAUGAAGAAAGUAAUGAUGAUAAUAAAUAUGGUAAUAAUAAAUAUGAUAAUAAUGAUAAUAUUAAUAAUAAUGAUAAUAAUGAUAAUCAUAUUAAUAAUAAUAAUAAUAAUAUAAUUGAUACCCUGUUAAAUAGACACAUACACACAAAUAGUAGUAUAAAAAAUAAUGAAGGAAAUACAAAUAGUUCUCCUAUCCAUAUAAAUAAAGAACAUAAUAAAAGUGAGCAUAUUUAUAAUUCAAAGGUAUCAAGUACCGUUUUUGAAGAGUUAAAAAAUCUAUGUCAUGAAAAAGAGAAAAAGGUAAAUGAUGUAUCUUCUAGUCAUAUAAAUAAUCAAAAGACUAUAUUACUCACGUCAUACAUAAAAGAACAAAAUAGUAAUAAUAAUCAGGAUAAUGUUAUGCCUUACAAUAGUUCAAAUACGCUUUUUGAUAAAAUUAAAAAUUCACAAAAAAUCAGCUUUAUUAAAACAGAGGAAGAAUAUAUUAAUAUGCUAAAAAAUGAUGAAAAGGAUAAUGUUCCUAUAAAUACAUUAAAUAAAAAUAGUAAUAAUAAUAAUAAUAAUAAUAAAAUAUGUUCUUCAAAUAAUAAUGUCAGCUUUGCAGAUAAUAUUUUUUCAAAUAACAAAUCUUAUAUUGAUAAUACAAAGAUCUAUUCUGAAGAUUAUAUUAAUAUAGAAAAACAAAAGAGUGAGAUUUUCUUACAAGAUCAAGAAAAAGAAAAUAUAAUGAACCAUGUAAGGAAGAAAGAAAGCAUACCAAAUAAAAUUAAUGAUGACAUAGUAAAAAGUGAUUAUCAAAAUGUUAUUUCAAAUAAUUAUGAACAUUUGAUAUCAUCAAUUAGUAAGAAAGAAAAUGAGAACAAUCAAAAUAAAUAUAUGGACAAUGAUAAUAUGGGAAAUAAUACAUUACAUUCUGAAACUUUUACUGACAUAAGAAAAGAUAAACAUUCAAUUUAUCAUAAUAAUACAUGUGAUAAUAUUGUCAAUACAGAAAAAAAUAAUGAUAUAAUUCUUCAUAAUAAUUAUAAUAGGGUACUGAAUGAAGAGAAUAUUCCACAAAUAUAUUUUAAUAAUCAUCCAUUUAUUAAUGUCAAUAUGAAGAGAAGUAUGUCAUUAUGUAAUUUGAAGGAUACACAAGUGGAUGACAUAAAAUAUGAUGAUCUUAUACAAAAUGUGAAUAAUCAUAAUAUAUAUGAUAUGUAUAUUAAUCAAAAAAAAAAUAUAAAAGGAAAUUCCGAUAUCCUUUUUGAUCAUACAAAGGGUAUGUUAUUUGAGAAUAUUAAGGAAAAUGGGUUUUAUAUUGGUACACCCACAACAGGACAACACAUUAAUCCUAAAAAUAAUAAUGAUAUAAAUAAUAUAUACAGUAAUAAUAAUAUAUGUGAAUAUAGAAAAUGUACUAGUAAUGCACAGAAUAGUAUAUGUUAUAAUGAUCAGCAUAAAUUGAAUUAUGUCGAUAUGGGUCAGUUGAAUUAUAAUCCAACAAGUAAAAAUAAUAUGAAAUUUACGAAUAAAGAAAAUGAUACUAAUAAAAUAAAUAUAGAUAUAAAUAAUAAUGUUGAUAAUAAGAAAAGUUGUGAUGAUAUUUAUUAUGUGAAUGAAAUGAAGAAAUGUAACAUUUUGGAUAAUAAUCAAAUGAAUAACUCUCAAAUGUUAGAUAUUCCAAGUUGUAAUAUAAACGUAAAAAAUAACAAUAAUAUAUAUGACAAUAAUUUAUAUGACAAUAAUAUAUAUGACAAUAAUAUAUAUGACAAUAAAUUAUAUGAUAAUAAUGGUAGUGGUGUAAUAUUAAGUCAUAAUGUUUUAUCAAAAAAUAAUAAUAGUAAUAAUCAAGAGAAUUAUGAAAAUUAUAAGAAAAUGAAUGAAAAAAAAAAAAAUAUAUAUAUAGAUAUGUAUGACGUACAAAAAGAGAAUUUAAAUGAGGGAAAAAAAGUAGCAGAAAAAUUAAUUUUAUCAACAUUAAAUAAAAAUAUUAAUCAUAAAUUAAGUGAAACUGCAGAUUUUGGAUACAAAGAAAAUGAUCUUAUGAAUGAAUCAAAAACUAGUGAUAAUACAAUCAAAAUUGUAAAUAGUAAUUUAUAUAAUGAUAAUGACUGUUCGUUAAUUAAUGACAUAAAUUUGAAACAAUAUUGGACGGACUAUAUUAUGAAUAAUAUGAAUAAUGUGAAUAAUAAAAAUAAUGUGAAUAAUAUGAAUAGUGUGAAUAAUGAAAAUAAUGUGAAUAAUGAAAAUAAUGUGAAUAAUAAAAAUAAUGUGAAUAAUACAUAUAGUUUGAAUAAUAUUAAAAAUAUUGAUAAUACACAAAAUGAUUCUAAACUUAAGAGUGUUAUGUCCUUUAAUACAUUUUGUAAAGAUAUGAAGGAUGAAAAUUUUUUCAAUCAGUUUUUAAGAGAACACAUAAAAAAUAGUAUCAAUAAUGUUGUUGAAGAAAUAUUGAAUGAUAAACAGAAUGAAAUUUUAAAAAAUAAAAUUAUAAUAAGCGAUAUAAAUAAUAAAGAAGUAUAUAACAAAGAUAAUGAAAAUAAUAAUAAUAACUUAUCUGUUAAGCAUUAUGAAAAAGGUAUACAUAUCAAUAAUAAUUAUAAUAUAAAUCAUGAUCCUAUAAUUAAAGAAGACAAAAUAAUUAGCUCCGAAAACAGUACUAAAUUAGAGGAUAAUGGAAUAAUACAUAAAAAUGUUACUAGUUCAACAUAUAAUAAUGGGACGAAUAAUACAAAUAUAAGUCAAAUGAAAGAAGAAAAUAUAACAAAUAAUGAUAUUAUUUGUAAUGAUGAAAAUAUUUAUAAUGAUGAAAAUAUUUGUAAUGAUAAUAUUUAUUGUAAUAAUAAAAAACUACACAAAGAUGAGAAAUCAUUCAAUCAUUCAUGUAGUGAUAUACAGUUUAAUCAAGAUGACCUUCAGGAAAUACAAAAAUUAAAUAAUCUUCUAAAAUCUAGGAAAGUAAAUAAACUCAUACAAAUUAAAAAAGAUGAUAUAAAUAUAAAAAAAGUAUCCUGGAAAAAUAUAUCAUAUAAUUGUAUUGAUAUCAUAUAUUAUCUAAUACAUGAAAAUAAUAAAAAGAACAAUAAAAUGAAUGCUCUUAUAAAUGAUAUAAAUAAUAUUCAUGAAUAUGAAAAAAAAAUAGAAUAUUUAAAUAAAGAAAAUGAAAAAUUAAAAAUAGAAAUGAAACAAAAAAAUGAUAAUGAAAAAAAAAAAGAACUUAAAGAAAAAGCCAACCUAAAUAAUAAAAUAUUAGAACAAUCCAAAAAAAUUACGAACUUUGAAAAAGAUAUAUAUAUAUACAAAAAUAAAUUAAAUAAACUGAAUAACAAAGUAAUAAAUAAAGAUAUCGAAAUUAAUAAAUUAAAAAAACAAUAUCAAAUUAUAUUAGAAGAAAUAGAAAAUUGUAAAAAUGAUGCAAAUAUAGUAUUAAAAAAAGUAUUAAAUAAAAAGAAUACAAAUUUAAUAGAUAAACAGUGUGUAGAUAUAUCAAAAUAUUACCAAAUAUUAAUCAAUUCAUUAAAUGAUGAAAUUAAAAAUUUAAAACAUCUUAUUAAAAGUGAAGCUAAGGAUAAAAUAAUCUUAAAAAAAAAAAUUAGUCAAUUAACACAAUCCAAUCAAAAUGAAUCUAAUAAAAAUUCUUAUAUAGAAAAAAAUAAGACAGAUAAUAAAUGUACCAAUGAUAAUUAUAUUAGUCAAUAUACAAAUGAUGAUGAACAUAUAAAUGAUAUAGAUAAUGAUAGUUAUGCAAAUAAUAGUAAUAUUCAAAAAAAUAUAGAAUAUAGCAAUUCAUCAUACAAUAGUAAUAUUAUUAAGAAGGAUAUAAAUAAAAGUAGUAAUUGUAGUAAUAAUAAUAAUAAUAAUAAUACUUGUAGUAUUAGUAGUAGUAGUUGUUGUAGAGAUAUAUAUAGUGAUUCUUUAAAUGAAGAAAAGAAAUAUAAAAAAAUGUAUGAAGAUUUAAUUAAACAAAUGAAUGAUAUUAAAAAAGAUCAUGAAAAUGAAAAAAUUAUAUAUAAUAAAAAAAUAGAACAAUUAGCAAAACAUCAAGAAAUACAAAAUAUCAAAAAUCAAUUAGAUACAUCAGAAAAAAUUGUAGAAGUGUAUCAACAUAUAUUUAAAGAAAAUAUAAAUAAUAUAAGAAAUGAUAAUAUACAUAGUACACAAAAUAAUGAACUAAAAAGUAUGGAUUAUUACAAUCUUAAAAAUAAUAUUUAUAAUAAACCUACUUCUUUAACUUAUAUAAAUGAUAAUAAAAAUGGUAGUAACGAAGCAACAAAUAAAAUUAAUUCUGGUCAUAUUUUUAAUUCAAAUAUAAAUCGCUCAAAUAUAUUUAAUAAUAACCAUAAUAAUUAUGAUAUAUGUAAUCAAGACAACAACGUCAUAAGUCAUAUUUUAUCCAAUGGAGAUAUUAUAAAACAAGAUAAAAAUUAUACUUUGAAAGAUACCAAAUUAAUUAAUGUUCUACCUAAUAGCAUAUGUAAUAACAAUUUUAUGGAAGGUAUAAACAGACAAUCACAAAAUAAUUAUCUUAACCAAUUUCUUGAAUUGUAUAUCAAAAAUAAUUCCAUAAAUAAUGAGGCCUUCAAUAUUUAUAUGAAGAAUUUAAACAAAGAGAAGCAAAAUCAAGAAAUAAAAGAAAUAAAAGAAAUAAAACAAAAUGUACAAGAGUCAAAUAUAUUAUUUGAAGACAAUAAUUUAAAUAAUAAAUUACAAAAUGAACAUAACAAAAAAUAUUUAUUAAAUACUCUAAUGAAAUAUAACAAAAUAGAUCUAAUUAAUAUAUUUGUAGAUAUCUGUAACCACCUAAAAACUGAUAAUAUAUCAAUAGUAAUACAAUUUAUUAAAUUCAUGUCUUUUAUUGUUUAUGAACAGUUUCCUUUAUUUACUUCCUUUUAUUAUACCAUUACUUCAUUAAUAUCAUUGGAUAAUAUUAAAUUUGACGAAUAUAUUAACGUUAUCAAAAAAUGGAAAUCAUUUUAUACAAGUGGACAAAAAUAUUAUUUAUUCAGAAGGAAGGUACUUUUAAUUUUUCAGUCUGAUCUAAAAGAUAUACAAAAAUCUCAAAUAGACAAAACAUGCUUAGAUCUUAUUCAAAAUAAUUAUGAUCGAAACAAGGAACUAUCUACUUAUACAGACGGUUCUUUUGAAAAGGCAGAAUAUAUUCUAAACAAACAUUCCAAAGAAAUUAUCAGUAAAAUUAUUAAGACUUACAUGAACAUAUAUAAUAUUGAUAAAAUCAACAAUAUUAUAGGGCAUAUGAACUCAUUAAAUUCAAAAAUAAAAACACAAUCAUAUUUCAUUAGAUCUAUAUCGUCUUGUCUAAAUUUAAACAAAGUUGAUAAUUUUGAAGAGAUUGAAAAAAAGGUAAAAGAAUUGAUCACCACAAGAGAAAUUGGAGAAAAAAUAAAGAACAAAAUUAAAAUAGAAGACAUUGAUGAAUAUUUCGCCGCGUUUACAAUUAUGGGCACCUUGAAAAAAUAUUUAAAUAUUACUCAUACCAAAGAUCUUUUACCUUCUAUAUCAAAAAUUAUUCAAAAGAAUAAAUGUUCUUCAUAG